GACGCAUGCCUCGAGCAAGGGCAAAAGAAGGACGUCGAAGGGCACGCUCGACACCCACAGCUUUGCUGAAGGCCUGCUUUUUCGAGGUUCGCUGGAGCAGAAACUUCAGCCCCCGCCGAAGGAGCUCUUUGAUGCUCUGAAAGGGGCCAAUGCGGAGGCAGUCCCUCCGGCCACACCGGUGCAGGCUCUCGAUCUCGCAUGGCCGGAGCGUAGCGACGACAUCGCCAUCUGUCGAGGCCUGAAGGGUGGAAGCGACCAGCUCCCUAAGAUGGGGAAGAUCUUGGCGUCGGCCGAGGCGCGGGUGCAGUGCCUUCAGAAGUUCGCGAACCACGAAGCUCGCCUCGACGAGCUUCAGGCCAUUGAGAUGUUUGCCUGGGCACUUCUCCGCUUCCCUGAUGCCCCAAGGGGCCUGCAACGCGGACUGCUGAAGACCAUCCGGGAGGAGCAGUCCCACUGCCGCCUUUACCUCGAUCGCAUCGCAGCCUUGGCCCCCGGCAGCGCGCCUUUGGGCCCAGCGCCUUUGUCAGGCUACCUUUGGCGCAGCCUCGAGUCGGUCAACUCGGCGCCAGAGCCGCUGUUGGCUUUCCUUUGUGGCAUAGGUCUUACCUUCGAGGCGGCUAACCUGGACCACUCUUUGCGCUACCGCGACAUCUUUCGACAGGCGGGAGACGAAGACAGCGCGGCAGUGUUGCAGCGUGUGCACGACGAGGUGGAACUCCUGUGUUCGGGGCUCCGCUUGGAGAGAGAGGAGUUUUUGGUCCGCAGCUUGCAGGCUCAGGAUAGACCCAGCAAGCGUGCUGCAGAAUUCGAGAUGUUCGAGCCAGGGAGAUCCAAGAAGGAACAACUGGAUUUUAAGUUGGCAUGCGCCGAAGACGGUGCAGCAGAGCUGCUGUGGCCCUGCUGCUUUGCGGGCUCGGCCUCCCGACGCUGUGGAGUGCAGCUGUUUCCAUGCACCCGAGCAGUUCCUGCGUCGCCUUCGUAG